UCAAACUCAAACCACAUUUAAAAAAAAAAUCGAACUUAUAACUUGCAAAAAAAAAUGUCCCAGAGACCCAAGGUUUCAAUAUUUAGUUCGGCCAGACAUUAUACCACUUCAUCUUCGAUCAAUGAACCGCCCAUAUCAGCCUUAGAAAAACGUCACACUGUUAUCUAUUCUCAGGGACUUAUUAAGCCUGAAAAUCGUGGCACUAUAGAAAGUAUAGAUAGUAUGCCCAUAAUGGUUAAAACUUGUCAACCCAUUACAGAUAUUGUGGCAACGUGUAAAGAACUAAAUAUACCCAAAGACAAACUGCCCUCACAGGAAUAUCAUAAAAUAGAGACGGCUCAAAAGUGGUUGACCUUAAAGGGUAAGAAUGGUAAAAUCCACAAGUUCCCUUUAAACACCAUUUUGCCCAAAGUACAAAUGACAAAACAUCUGCCGGCCAAGCAAUUGCCACGGGACGUGGAGGUGGAUAGAAGAAGAAGAAUUUAUAAUAAAGUGCAGCUUGAAAAGGAAUUGGAAAAGGAGGGUUUAACUAAAAUAGAGUUAAUGCCUACAGAGGAGCAAUAUUAUUUGUUAACAGAGAAUUCAUUUAAACAUUUUCUGCCUAAGUUUUUUGAUGACACUGAUUAUGAUUGUCAUUCGCCAGAGGCCUGGUUAAAAUUGGGUGAAAUCGAAACGGGAGAAAUGUUUCCCUUGCCGGCAAAAGCAUAUUUGCCUUUACAGCAAAGUUUAUUACAAUACGAAGGCAAAAUUGUGGCCGUAUUUAAAUAUGAGGCCUUUAAUGGCAAAUGGUCUGUCAGGGUUUUAGAGGAUGAAUGUGUUUAUGAGGUGCCGAAAAUACAAAUCAUGUUUUUGGCUGAAAAUCCCUUUGAUUUCAUACGGCGUUUAAAGCGGGCCGUAGAAAAACGCAACAAUGCCGAAAUUUUAAUAAGUAUGCAGUCUUUAGUGGAUUGUGUUUUAUGGCAGGAUAUAGCCGCGAAGCGUUUGUAUCGCCACAAAUUAGUGGACAAGUUAAUGGAAGGUAUACAAUGUGAUGCCAAAUUCUUGAGCAACUUAAAGCUGGAAAUUUAUAUAUUAUAUGAACAUUUGAUGACCAGUUAUGAGUUUGAGAAAUUUAUCAAACUUUUACCUUUGGAAUUUCAAUUUAAACCUGAGAUUAUAAGAAACUCCCUAGAGAAGGCCUUUCACUCUGGAUUUGCCGAAGAAGAAAGGAGUCAUUUGAAAGCUUUGAAAAUAGAUAUAGCAGAAAGAAAAACUAAGUUAUUGACUUUCUGGUUGUUGUAUACCUUUAAAGGAUUUGAGGCAUUGAUUAAUGUUAACUCGGAAUGUCAAUAUAUCGAGACCUUAAAUAUGUUUGUUGGUAAUUUUGCUAAACCUUUGGCUUUAGCCGAUUUUCUAAAAUCCCAGCAGAAACAAUCUACUAAUAUAGGCAAUUAUUUGAAAACAACUUGGCCUUGUAAGCUUUCCAAUGGUAUAAUUUUAGUUUUAAGGGCUCUGGGCAAAGGUUGGCUCGAUAUUAGUCUAAAUAAUUGGAAAGUCUUUGAAAUCAGUAAAAUUUCCCGCUUUAUAUUACAAGUGAAAUUUCGUAUGCAAGAAUCUAUGCAGGUGUUAUUGGAAAAAUCUAUAGAAAGUUUUACCAAUUUGCUAAGCGAUCCUUGUAAACAGUUUUUAUUGCUGGAUUUGCAAUAUCAAUGGUCUAGUGAUUUUAUAAAUACAGAAUUUCCCUUUAAUAAGCCCAUAUUUGCUAUGGUUUUAUCGGUAACCGAGGAUAAAGAAGUUGUUUAUUCUACCCCUCCCGAGGAGUUUGCUCCUGCCCUAAAAGAAUUAUUUAAAAAGGGUUUGGAAAAGUCCAGUGGUGUUAGGCAAAUAGAUGCGGAAUGUUUAAGCAAUCUAAGAUUUGCUUCAGAUUUAUAUAUUUUGACGGUGGAAUUGGUAGAAGAGUUAUAUGUGAAAUGCAACGAUUUGCUGCAAGAGUGUUAUUUAAAAGCUAUUUUUCCCUUAAGAUCAUAUGCCCAUAAAUACGAUCGUUUUAUAGAAUUCUAUCUGCUAAGUGUACCCACCUAUAUGUCAGAAUAUAAGGCCGCCAAAAAGUCCUCCAUGCAGGUAAAGGCUGAUAUUUUGGAACAUAAGCGCAACAAAGAAGAAAUGCGUUUAAUACUGCCAGCAACCAUUAACAUAGGACCCUUUUUGGUUAUUGUGGAUCCUAUGAAACAAUAUAUGAUCAAGAAACGUAUAGAAAUUGUUAAGAAAAUUUUCGAGUAUUACCUGGAUCGUAUGUUUGAUACCAAUGAGCGUUUACUGGAACGUUGUCUGGAAAUGUAUCAGAAGAUUAAUGAAAAACCUCAAAGUAUAGAACAUUUAUAUGCUAUCAGAGAUUUUGCUUUAACUAUAACCGAUUUGGUGGAACAGUUAAGAGCUGAUAUACAGAUAAUGUGGCUGGAAUAUGAUAUGUUGGAUAGUUUUUUCUAUAAUUUACCGGAUCAUCAGUUUGCCAUGAAAUGGGAGGUUUACGCUUGGCCGAAAACCAUACUAGAACGUUUAACUACAUUAAGGGAAGAGCAAAAACUGGAUAUAGAAGAUUUUAAGCGUUUGCACUUAAGUGAGUGCAUUGGUUUUGAGGAACGUUUAGAAUCGUUAAAUGAUGAAAUUCAACAAUUUUCUUUGCAAUUUAAUCCGCAAAAAGUAACAGAAGUUGCAGUAGAGGUCAAAAAAACCUGGAAAGUUAUAUUGGAUUUGCAAAAACUGGGCGAAACUUUGCGUUAUCGCCAAGAACUUUUUGAAUUGGAGGAUCUGUCUCUAGAAUUUCUUAAUAGCAUCAUAGAAGGCUUUCUGCCUUACAAAAAUCUUUGGUACGCAUGCCAGGAUAUGGUUAAACUAGAAGAGGCUACUUUAGGCAAUCCUUUGGUUAAUAUAGAACUCGACGAUGUUGGUCAUGGCCUGGACACCAUACAAAACUCUUUGCAGCUAUCAUUACAAGUCUUUGCUGAGAAGCCAGAAAUACAGGAAGUCGCUAAAUACUUCCUUAAUAUGCUGGAGGAAUUUAAACCAAAAUACCAGGCUAUUAAAGAUUUGAAAAAUGAAAAUUGGCUUUUCUUACAUUGGCAAGAGCUGGCAACACGUUCUGGUUUAGAUAUUAAAUAUUCCAUGGCCAUGAAUUUCCAAUAUUGCAUGCGUAAGGGUAUAAUGGAUCAUUUGGAAUUGGUGCACGAGAUUUCGGAAAAGGCUACCAAUGAAGCGGAUGCUAUACGCAAAGCCUUUGAAGAGGAGGAAAGACGUAAAGAGGAGGAGCGCUUAGCAUUGCUAAUGCAUAAAGCUAUGCGUAAAUGUCGUACAGAUAUUUGUUAA